AUGAUAUAUCGUCUAUCAUCAGAUGAGAUAUUGUCUACGACACAGUUCAAUUCUGUCAAUAAUGCUGUAAAUGGAAUAUCUUCUUCUUCUGACAGUGACGUAGGUGAAUCACGUUUAUCAGUACUACAAAACGAAUUAAUUUCCGUCAAGUGCGAGCUUGCUAAGUGCCUAAACCGUGAAAAAAGCUGUAAAAUGGCUUUAGAAGUCAAAGAAGCAGAACUUCAAAAAUUGAAGCUUGAAAGGGACUUCGAAAAGAAGCAGAGAGAAAUGCAAGAGCUGCGAUCCAAAUUGGAGAUGCUUCAAAACCGCAACCGUUUCCUGAAUGACGAAAUCCAGAAACUGUCCCGAAUGUUGCAGCAGGAGCAAUUUAGGAACCACAGUAAGCAAUUGAACCUGCAGGAUAUGUCAGCCGAAGUAGAUCAGCUGAAACGUGACUACGUGUUCCUUUUACAAUCCUGUAUCCGCAUUACGUGCACAGAUGGUCCAGAGAUGAUGGAGCUUUAUAUGUAUGGGGAGAAAAGGCAUAAACAAAGGGUCUUCGCCUUGCUUGAAGAAGCCAGGAAAGUUGAUUCUUCACUGCCAAAUCUGGAAGGAAUGACGACUUCUCUCUGCCAUGUAGAUUCGUUAGGAUUCAAGCAUCUUUUUGUUGACAAGAGUCUCAUACUACAUUACGUGUGUCGACAACUUCACAGACAUUAUUCAACUCAACUCAGGUCGUACGAGAGGCACGUUGCUGCCUGGAAACGUUAUCUGAAAAAGCACCCCAACAACGUUCUCCGACCAUCCGCCGAGCUAAAAACUUUAGUUCGUGGAGGAGUUCCUGAGCAGCUGCGAGGUCGAGUAUGGAGUGCCCUCUAUCGAAUGAAAGUGCAAGACCUCCGAGAAGCCAAAGGACCAAAGUACUUCGAGAAUCUCUGUAGUAGGUCAGCAGAAGCAGAGAUACAAGAGAAUCAUAAGCGCCAAAUUUCUUUGGACUUACUAAGAACGAUGCCAAACAAUAUCCAUUUUUGUGACAGAAAUGCAGAAGGGAUUCAGAAAUUGCAAUCUGUGCUACACGCCUUUUGUCUUCACAAUCCAAAGCUAGGAUACUGCCAAGGAAUGAAUUUCCUAGUUGGUAUGAUGUUGUUGUUCGUAGACGCAGAAGAUGCUUUCUGGUGCUUAGUGGCUAUUGUUGAGAGAUAUUUUCCAUCAAGUUAUUUCGAUCAAAAUCUAAUUGGUGCUCAAGCAGACCAGGAACUGUUGAAAGAGUUGCUGCGAAACAAACUGCCAAAAAUUUCUGCACAUCUAGCCGCUCUAGAUAUAGAACUGAGUACAGUUACCCUCAACUGGUUCCUCUCUCUUUUCAUUGACUCAGUACCUAUUGAACUGCAUUCUGCUACCUGUAUUUCGUGUUCUCUUGUGGAAUAA